AUGCCUCUCGAAGAGCACGGCCUCAAGUCCAGCGAUGUCCACGCUAAAGUGCGACAGCUGAUCCACGAGCUCGUCAACAUCAAGGAUACCACGGGAGAGUUCUUGCUGAAGCUCGACGAUGGCCGCAUCAUUGAUACCAAGGGAUGGAACGACUGGGAAUGGACCCACGGCGUCGGGCUGUACGGUAUUUGGAAGUAUUAUGAGAUGACGGGUGAGGCCGAGUACCUCGAAAUCAUCGAGAGUUGGUUCCGCAACAGGUUUGCCGAGGGCCACAAGGGCAAGAACAUCAACACCAUGGCCGUCUUUCUGACCUUGGCCCACGUUUACGAGCGGACGGGCAACCAAACAUAUCUCCCCUGGCUCGAAGCCUGGGCGGAGUGGGCAAUGCACGACCUCGGGCGCACAAAGUACGGCGGCAUGCAGCACACGACGUACCUCGAGAUCAACGACGAGCAGCUCUGGGACGACACCCUCAUGAUGACCGUCAUGCCCCUGGCCAAGAUCGGCCUCGUCCUCAACCGGCCGCACUACGUCGCGGAAGCCAAGAAGCAGUUCCUCCUCCACAUCCAGUACCUCCAGGACCACGCCACCGGCCUCUUCUUCCACGGCUGGACCUUUGCCGACGGAGGCCACAAUUUCGCCCGCGCCCGCUGGGCGCGCGGCAACGCCUGGCUCACCAUCGUCAUCCCCGAGUUCGUGGAGCUGCUCGACCUCGAGCCCGAGGACCCCCUGCGGUACCACCUCGUCAACACCCUCGACGCGCAGGCGGCCGCCCUCGUGCCGCUCCAGGCCGACGGCGGGCUCUGGAGGACCCUGCUCGACGUUUCCGAGGAGGACGGCUCGUACCUCGAGGCGAGCGCCACGGCCGGGUUCGCGUACGGCAUCCUCAAGGCCCAGCGCAAGCGGUAUAUCGGCAAGGAAUACGAGGCCACCGCCAUCAAGGCGAUCAAGGCUGUCGUUGAAAACAUUACCCCGGAAGGCGAGCUCCUCAACACGUCGUUUGGUACCGGCAUGGGCCACGACUUGCAGCAUUACAAAGAUAUCCCGCGGACGAGUAUGCCGUACGGCCAGGCCAUGGCCAUGAUGGCCUUGGUCGAGUUCUUGAGGGUGUACUACUAA